AUGGCUUCUCCUAGUGAGAUGAUGGAUAGCGCUGGAACUGAAGCUGCCAGCAAACCUCCGUCAAUCAAUGAUUCGACGACUCCCAAUGUCACCUCAAACCCAACAUUUCCUCCCCCCAAAACAGACAAACCUCGGCCUCAUGUGUGCAUUACGUGUAUGCGCUCCUUUGCUCGCCUGGAGCAUUUGAAACGACAUGAACGAUCUCACACAAAGGAGAAACCAUUCGAAUGUCCUGAAUGUACGCGCUGCUUCGCCAGGCGCGACCUACUUCUACGGCACCAACAGAAACUCCACUCAUCUACCACCCCAUCAUCACGGCCCCGCGCCGGACGGCGAGAAAGUGCCGCAGUAGUUGCAAAUGGCCGUGUCCGGAAGAAUUCUACCACAAAUGGGGCCACGACAAUGAGACCCCGGGCAAACACUCUCAGUCACGUGGAUUCUGCAACUAUCGGAAUGCUUGCAAAUUCAGUUGGGAACUUUGGUCGUCAGUUCGGGCCUAGCCAUAAUCACCACAAUGGCAUGAGCUUGCCGGCAGGAUCUCAAGGGCAUCAUUACCGUGGAGCGUCUACCAACCAUCAAUCCUUCAGCCUGCCAAAACUAGAAACCCAUGGACUGCCUCUUGAUCUCUCAAGUGGCUUGCGUACUGCGCCGCCUUAUGGAGGUUUUGGUGCCGAAUUCGGCGUGGGCUUUGGACCAGACCAGGCCGAUACGAUCAACCCUCAUGCACUGCACAUGACUGGUCUACAAGGGUUUGGAAUAGAGCCUUCAGGCUCACCAUUUCAACAAGUGUUUGCCGGAAUGACAGCGUCUCAAGUUAUGGCUGAUGAAGAUGCUAGCUUCGACUGGAUGACACAGGGCUUCGAAAAUCAAAUGUCCUUUGCUCAGGCGAAUGAAAAUGCCAUUGAUGACUCCUCGCCAUCGGCUAUGAGUACAAACAGCCCCGCCGGGAUAAAUGACAUGACAGCCGAACCCAGCCUUGCCACUCUGCAGCGCACUGCAGUCACGACUGCCAAUAUGUGGCCCAAUAGCGGUACGAGCCAAGCACCAAUGGUGAACAGUCCCGUCAGCAUGGAUCUGAUGUCCAAUUUCAGCGAAAUGGUUAAUGCGCCGAUUGGCACAGUAUCACCAAAAUCAUUACUGGCUCAAGGAGGCUCUCUAGACAUGAGUCUCCCCACGCCGCCGGAUUUGAAUCCUAUGGAUCCUUCUGCCAUGCAAGCAAACAUGCAGUUCGCCGGUUUCCAAUUGCCACUGAGCAGGGAUGGCCCGGCUUCGACAACAUCUACUACCUCAAUGGAUAGCAGUCUGCGUCAAAGUUCCGCCACCACAGUAUCCUCAGAUUUGGUCAGCGAUCAUAUUCGAAGCGUUUUGAUUGCGGGUCUGUCCAAAAACACUGGCUUCGGACAACGUAAGUAUUCUCAGCCGGUGAUUAGUUCACCAUUAUCACCUAGUGCAGCUUCUCGCCCGAAAGGUUUCAACGUGAAUACUUUCCCAAGCACGCAUGAGUUGCAACGUUACGUGACAGCAUACAUCAGAUACUUCCAUCCUCAUCUCCCGUUUCUUCACAUUCCUUCACUCAACUUCGAGUCCCCAGAUUACACAACUCCUAUCAGACUUGUAUCUGGUCAAUCCCAAUUUGGUCAUGCCACCGUCGCUGGAGGAGGCAGCUGCUUGAUCUUGUCCAUUGCCGCCAUUGGCGCUUUGUAUGAACACGAGGUUGCUCAAUCAAAAGACCUCUUCGAGUGUGCCAAACGUCUCAUCAGCAGCUAUCUCGAGGAACGUCGCAAGGCUAACAUGACCAAGACGCAAUUUGCGCCACGACAUUCGACAGAGCGAGAGGACACACCACUUUGGCUGGUCCAGGCGAUGCUGUUGAACGUGAUCUACGGUCACAACUGUGGUGACAAAACAGCAGCCGAGCUCGCAAGCAAUCAUUGUGCGGCCUUGGUUAGCCUUGCUCGCGGUGCUGAACUGGCACGACCUGCCCCGGGACACACCGGAAACGGCCAUAGCAAUUCCUCUGUCAAUGUUCAGAUGAGUGGAAUGUCGAACACCGGUUGGGGUACAAUGAUCAAUGAGAUGGACGAUUCUGAUUGGUAUGAAUGGAAGAUCAUGGAGGAACGCAAGCGCACUUUGUAUGCAGUUUUCAUCCUUUCAAGCAUGCUUGUGACCGCGUACAAUCACCCUCCGGCACUCACCAAUUCCGAAAUUCGAUUAAAUCUGCCCUGCGACGAAGAAUUAUGGGCUGCUGAAUCUGCACAGGCAUGGAGAAAUCUCGGAGGGACAGCAAGCGCCGAAACGAAUUCAAUCACGUUUGCUGAAGCGCUCACGCAUCUUCUGAUGGCUGCUCAACGGAAGAGGAGGCGGAACAGUACCGUUGUUUCCCUUGGAGCAGCCGUUGAGAAUGAGCUCAGACCAAGUACAUUUGGUUGCCUGAUCCUCGUCAAUGCCUUGCACAACUACAUUUGGGAAACGCGACAACGUCAUCUUGGACGUCAAUGGACGACGAGCGAGACAGAGCAGAUGCACGCUCACAUUGAACCGGCACUUCGGGCCUGGCAAGCUGCUUGGGCUAGUAAUCCUAGCCACAGCCUGGAGCGGCCAAAUCCUUUUGGCGCUGGACCUCUGUCUGCUGACUGCAUACCACUACUCGACCUUGCCUACGUUCGACUUUUCAUCAAUCUUGGAAGAUCCAAGGAGGCCUUUUGGCAGCGUGACUACGAUGCUAUGGCGGAAGAGCUUGCAAAAGGCCCAGAUGCAAUGCAGGGUCAGGAAAUGUCGAAUAAAAACAGGGACAGCGCCUCUCCUGCGAGUAAGGCGGAUAGCAAGAACACGGAAAAUGUGUCCAAUGACGAGACGCCACCAGAAACCCAAGCAGAACGCGAACGCGAUAGCCGAGAGUCCCGUUCAUCCCGGCGAGAACGGCAUCUACGCAAGGCGGCAUUUUACGCGGCGGAUUCCCUAUCCAUGUCCGACAAACUGGGUCUCAGCUUUGCGGAGCAUACGUCUCGAGAGCUGCCUACACAAUCAGCAAUGUGUGCGUUUGAUUGCGCACAGGUACUUGCGGAGUGGAUCACAACCGUACAGGAACGGGUUGGCAAGUACAUUGGCGUGAUUGGCCGAGACGAAAUGAAUCUGAUGGAGGUUCCGGGUAUUCUGCUCCUCGAAGACGAGGACCGCAAACUUAUCCAGAAAGUUGAUGAAGUUUUGGCAAGUGCCGAGCAAAAGAUCGAAUCUCGGGCAGGGUAUGAUAUUACUGCGGCUCGAGAAGGCGGCUAUGGCUGCAGAAUUCUUGUUCUGACAGCAUACCUACUCGAAAAGGAUGCUGUAUGGCCCGUUUUCAAGCUCAUGGCACGGUCACUCGAAACACAAGCAGGGCACAUCAAAGACCGAGCGUUAGCCUCGGUCACGAACCCCUAA